UAUUAUUAUAAUGUAAUUUCCAAAGACAACUUCUUAACUAAGGAGUCAUGUCAAGUCAAUGAAUGUGAAAUUAUAAAUUCAUUUCACCACACAAUCACUGAAAACACAAAGUAGCGUUCUUCAUUCAGUCCCCUGUUUCGUCAUCCACCCUUUUUUCUUAUUCAACACUGAAAAUGGAGAUUGUAGGAUACGGUUUUCGUCCCACCGAUGAAGAACUUGUCCACUUUUACCUCAAACACAAGUUGCUAGAUGAUGAUCCCCGUGUCCAUGUCAUGACUGAUAUAGAUCUUUGCGAUGUGGAACCUUGGGAAGUACCAGAGAUGUUAGCAAAAUCAGUAAUACCAUUCAAAAACUCAGAAUGGUUUUUCUUCCGUCGUGUUCGGUUGAAAUACUCAAAUAGUGAAAGGUUUAACAGGACAACCAUGAGUGGGUUCUGGAAACCCACGGGAAAACCCCGUGAUGUUAGAACAGGGGACACCAACACUGUCAUUGGGACUAAGAAGACUCUUGUUUUCCAUAGUGGUCGUGCUUCCAAAGGUGUCAAUUCCAACUGGGUUAUUCACGAAUAUCAUGCUCUUAACUCUCUCCAAAGCCAGAAUGCUUUUGUGUUAUGCCGCUUGAAAAAGAAACAUGGGAAAACGACCGAAGGAGGAACUGCUGCACUGAUAUGUGAUGAAGAGGAAUCCAGUAGAAGCGUGGUUUCUGACACUGAAAAUCAGGCAAUAGCAGAAGGAGUUCCAUCUGGAGAUACUUUUAGCAGAAUGGAAACAAUCUGUCAGUUAACAUAUCAGGCAGAAAAAAAUAUCUCCCCAGCAGAACAGUCUCUAAUUGAUAUUGAGCAGGAUGAAGCAUCUUUCCCAAACCCAUCUAACGAUGCCUAUUUUAGAAAGGAAAACAACAAUAGGCAUAUCCCAUAUGCACAGACUCCAUUUGAAGCUAUGCAUACUUCUUUAGGAUCUACCCAAAAUCCAUUUGAAGUUGGAUCUAUGUUAACUCUUUUUGAAACUACACAACCUUCAUUUGAAACUACAAAUACUCCUUUUGAAACUAUGGAGACUCCUUUUGAUACUAUGGAGACUCCUUUGGGAGCUAUGUAUACUUCAUUUGAAACUACGCAGACUUCUUUAGGAUCUAUGUUAACUCCUUUAGAAACUACACAACCUUCAUUUGAAACUAUAAAGACUCCUUUUGAAAUUAGGGAGAUUCCUUCUGAUACUAUGGAGACUCUUUCAGGAACUAUGCAGUCUCCUUUGGGAGCUAUGCAGAGUCCUUUAGGAGCUAUGUAUACUUCAUCUGAAACUACGCAGACUUCUUUAGGAUUUAUGUUAACUCCUUUAGAAACUACACAACUUUCAUUUGAAACUAUAAAGAUUCCUUUUGAAACUAUGGAGACUCCAUUUGAUACUUUGGAGUCUCUUUCAGGAGCUAUGCAGUCUCCUUUGGGAGCUAUGCAAACUCCUUUAGGAGCUAUGUAUACUUCAUUUGAAACUACGCAGACUUCUUUAGGAUCUAUAACACCUUUCGAAACUACACAUCCUUCAUUUGAAACUACAAAUACUUCAUUUGAAACUACAAAUACUCCUUUUGAUACUAGGGAGACUCCUUUGGGAGCUAUGUAUACUUCAUUUGAAACUACACAAACGUCUUUAGGAUCUAUGUUAACUCCUUUUGAAACUACACAAACUUCAUUUGAAACUUCGAAGUCUUUGGAAACUCCUUUUGAAACUAUUGAGACUCCUUUAGGAGCUAUGUAUACUCCACCUGAAAUGAUUCAUCCUCCAUCUGAAACUACGCAGAUUCCUUUAGGAUCUAUGCAGACUUCAUUAGGAUCUACGCAUAUUCCUUUAGGAUCUAUGCAGAUUCCUUUUGAAAGUAGGAAAAUUCCAUUUCAAAAUACACAUACUCCAUCGGAGACUCCUUUUGAGUUCCCUAAAUCAUUGAAAAGGGCAUAUUGUGAAAGCACUUGCAUAAAUCCAGAAGUCGUCCUUAAACUGGACGCUUGUAUUGAUGAUAGUUCAACUAUGUGUACUAAAUAUCUUAAUUCAGAUGAAUACCAUUCAUCAAAAAUGUUUAAAACAUCAUAUGAUGUUGUAAAUGGUGACACACAUCUUCUAUUUUCGAACCAAGAAGCAAGUCAGAAACAAGAAAGUAUAUUUCAAGACAAUUUACGGGGAAUGGAGACAUCCUCAUGUGACUCUACAGUAUAUAAUCCUGAAGAGAUCAAUUGGAAUGAAAUAUCUAGUUUUCCUUGCACUUAAAGGUCAUGGGAAGAUCAGUAUCAUCUAAGACCGAACAACUUCAUAUGGUCCGAACUAAGAAUUUCGUACCAUUAUUGGAUUAGUGGAUAAGAGUAUAUGUUAUUAAAAAUAACUUGCUCUGAAAUAGCCAAUUUACUAGAAUUUGCAUAAUGACAAUUGUGCAUUAUAAUUCAAAAGUAUGUAUAAUAGGAAAUGUAUUAGAAAGUAUUAUAAACGAUGAAGUCGUGUGCAUUUAAGAUAGUAGAUUGUGUACUAGGAUGUUUGUAUGGCUAUUUGUAGUUUCUGGUAAGAGUACUUUUUUGUAGUGAACUUUUGUCUCUAGGAUACCAAGUGUAUUUAUCCAUUGAAUUCAUGUUUUUAGAGCAUAUCCAUGUCGUGGUGAGAUUCUCUAAUCAAUUUCUUUG